CCUGUCUGUGCCGUUUUGGAUUGUGUGUCUUGUCUUUCCUCUAGUAAAUUGUGUGUUUGUGUGUUUUGUUGUAGGCCAGACGACUCUGCAGGUUUAGAGUGUCAAAGGGGGGUGAUCAACCCGGUGCAGGGUGGCAGGGAGGCGCGGGGGGCCAAGCUGCAGUGUGUGCACGUGGCCGAGGGACAUUCCAAAGCACUGCUGUGUGUGGACGCCACGGAUGACCUGCUCUUCACAGGCUCAAAGGACCGUACGUGUAAGGUGUGGAAUCUGGUGACGGGGCAGGAGAUCAUGUCGCUAGGCGACCACCCGAGCAGCGUGGUGUCAGUGAGAUACUCGUCCAGCCUGGUGUUCACCGUGUCCACCGCCUACAUCAAAGUGUGGGACAUCCGCGACUCCGCCAAGUGCAUACGCACGCUCACCUCCUCUGGCCAGGUUACCCCCGGCGACAGCUGUGCUGCCCUGGGCAACCGUGGUGUGACCAUUCCGCCUGGUGAGAACCAGAUCAACCAGAUCGCACUCAACCCGACCGGGACCUUCCUGUACGCAGCUGCGGGGAACUCCGUACGCAUGUGGGACCUCAGGAGGUUUGUGUCUACUGGGAAGCUAACUGGUCACCACGGACCGGUCACGUGCCUGACAGUGGACCAGACAGGGAACGGUCAGGACGUGGUCAUCACCGGCUCCAAGGACCACAAAAUCAAGAUGUUUGACAUUCUGGAGGGCUCCCAGGGGAGUGUCCCGCCCAGUCACAGCUUUGAUCCCGCCCACCUGGACGGCAUCGAGUCACUGGCGAUGCAGGGGGACAUUCUCUUCAGCGGCUCCCGAGACCACAGCAUCAAGAGAUGGGACCUGUCCCGCAAACACCUGCUACAGCAAGUGCCUACCGCUCACUCUGAUUGGCCAAGUGCAUUGGCACUGGUUCCUGGCUCCCCCUCAUUGGUCAGCGUGUGUAGGACGGGGCUACUGAAGUUCUGGAACUCUGAGACGUUGGCACCUCUUGGAGAACUCCGCGGGCAUGAGAUGCCCAUCAACAGCAUCUCCAUAAACACUGAGAACAUCUUCACCGCCUCCGAGGACCGAACAGUGAAGAUUUGGCAGGUGAAGGGCUCUCUGGAAGACGGAAUACACUGAUGAGGGUCAAAAACCCCUUUGGACAACAAACUGUGUGUGUGUGUGUGUGUGUGUGUGUGUGGGGGUGCAAUGAAGGCACAGUCUUUCCUCUUCUCUCUCUCCCUCCUGCUUUGUUGAUUGGACUAUCUCAAUGCCCUCAGCAGGCUACCUUGCCAAAUCCUGCACCCCAAUCAACUAGCUUUCUCUCAAAGACAGGAAUUGGGACGGCUAUAGGCAGUUCACUAACUUGCAAGCCUAUAGGCAGAAGUUAUUUCUUUUCUACUGAUAUGGGGUUGCCAAGGAACCAAUGUGCAUCUAUGACGCAAGAGAGAUGAAGAAUCAUAAAGAUGAAGGAAGUAAUGGAGAGAAUGAUGUCUGCGGUCUUUGGGUUCUUGGCUAUUCCCAGAAUACAGCACAAACAAUGACUGGGCAUUUCUUCAUAUCAUACCCUACUGAAAGAUGGCUAAGCAGCUCUUGAAAUCAUAUCCUGAUGAAACAUGGUUAAACAGCUCCUUGUACUGACAGAUGGCUAAGCAGCUCUUUAUAUCAAACACCACAACAAAUGCAUCCGUGUCUCUGCUGUCCUCUGACCAAACACUCUUGUGACUGUGCCUCUGUACUGAACUCCCUCUGUCUCUUCAAAUCUUUUCCUGCAUAAAGAUGGUUAGGAGUCAGAUCUGGGUUGGAGUCGAUUAGCAUGGGGGGGGGGGGGUGUAGGGCAACAGGCAGCAACUAGUAAACAACAACAACUUGCAUUUUAUAUGGCAUUUACUAAAGCACUAUACAACAAUUAGCAUGAGGGGAAGCAACAAGCAGCUACUAGUAAACAACCACAACUUGCAUUUUAUAUAGCGCUUUAUUAAAGCACUAUACAACGAUUAGCGUUUAUAUGGCGCUUUACUAAACGCACUACACAACGAUUAGUGUCUAUAUAGAGUGCUUUUAGUUAACAAUAUUUAGCAUGAGGGGAGGCAACAGGCAGCAACUAGUGAACAACAACAACUUGCAAUUUAUAUGUCGCCUUACCAAAGUGCUAUACAGUGAAAGGGGAACCUCACUAACAGUAAAGAUGGGAAGUAUGCUCAGAAGGGAUCUAUUUAUAGGUUAUUUGAGGUUUACUAUCAUUCAAACCAGAAGAAGUGUCUCAUACAGUUUUCUAUUUUUGUUUUGAUAAAGAAUAAUUAAUUUAGUGUCUCAGCAUCUAGCAUCUCUUCACUAAAACACUGACCACUUAGCCUGGAGAUUCCAGACCCUGGUAAUCUAGAAAGAUUAAGGCUCUGGCCACGAAUAAUGUCAUGGCCCAAUUUAAGGGGCGGCACCAAGUGUGCAUUUGAAAAUCUCACUGCACGCAAUUGGAUAAGACUAUACGACCAAUGUUUACUGACUGAUUCCGGACUUCAACACAAUUGGAUAACACUACGACUGUCAUCUGUUUAGCUCGCCUUUGGCCCGCCUAUAUCAGAUACACCGAUGUGAUUGGUUCCCCGCGAUACAAGUGGCAAAAGUAUUCAAAUUGUGCUCUUGCGAGAACUCUGGAUUUUCCAGGGUACUGACUACUGUGACUAGAUUGGCUCAAUGCGUUUACGUUCCCCUCAGCCACUAGGAUGACGGGCCAAUCAGCGACAAGAGGGGAUGACGUUAGUUUCCAAAUUUAACAACGCAGCAAAGUCUGCUAACAUAAAAAAAUGCAGUUGGAAGAAUGUGUACAUUUAUACAGCAAAGGUAAAUAAAUGGAUUGUUUCUUGACUACCAAUGCGGUUUAUUAUCAGUUUGUAAAGGUUAGACAAGGUAGGAUGUAACGUUAGGAAUCCCUGAUCAAUGUGAUUGGUUAGACUGGACCAAUGAUUUCAAAGGUAACGCAAUGUCUACACCCAUUACGAUGCUAGGGUUGUAAACAUUUCCUAAUGGAGAGUACCCAGACUCCCUUCAUGAAGUGCUAUAUGUAAUGCAUUUCUUCAGUGAAAUCCUACCUAUUGUGGCUUUAAGGGAGGAAGGGUUUUUUCACAGUAUAAUAACUCAGUAUAAUAACUCUACCCAUUUUGGCUUUAAGCAGUGUGAGGACUCAAGGCUGGCCAUCUCAGUAUAAUAACCAGAGACUUUCUAAUGAGGAGACACAGCACUCAAAAAAUCCUCCAUAGAAAUGCAUGGGGUUAGUUUGUAACCGUUGUCUACACAUAUCCCACCCCUUCCUCGGCAAAGCGUCGACAUGUGAUUGGCUCAAUGUAAUCAUGUGGUGAGUUGUGAAUACAUCUUCCCAAUCAUUUGUUGUGAACUUGCCGCUGGAGCAAGAUUGGUGUCGUGAAGCCUUGCACACGCGCAUUUCUGCUGAAUAGGAUGCCCGAUGAGUGCCCAAAAAGCGUUGCUAUAUGGCCGCCGAGUGGAGGGACUUUGUAAUAACUCUACCCAUUGUGGCUUUAAGCAGUGUGAGGACUCAAGGCUGGCCAUCUCAGUAUAAUAACUCUACCCAUUGUGGCUUUAAGCAGUGUGAGGACUCAAGGCUGGCCAUCUCAGUAUAAUAAUUCAGUAUAAUAACUCUACCCAUUGUGGCUUUAAGCAGUGUGAGGACUCAAGGCUGGCCAUCUCAAUAACACUGCUGCUCCCCCCUCCCCUCUGUAACCCCAAUACUCAACUGGACCAGUAGACUACUGUAGACAAAAAGGCUCAAUAGGCAGUAAAGCUGUUACCUGUGUGUGGUGGUGGUGGUGGGCAAGGGGAUAUAUCAAGUUGUGUGUUUGCUCUUUUCUCUGAACAGGAUUGAACUCUUGAUUUAAUCUUUUCUACUCGGUUUGUUUGUUCAAAGACAUCUGUAAAUAAAUCUGUUUGUUUUGUUUA